AUGUUUUUCCAAAAGUAUAAAAUAGCAAAAAACAUUCCGUUCACUUAUAUUCCAUUUAAUAAUUACAAAAUAUUUAGAAGAUGUAUAUAUACAAAAAGUGAGAUAAAUAAUACGCUUAAUAAUGUUUUUAAAAAUAGUUUAAUAAGUAAUAAAACAAAUAUACUUCAAUAUGCUUAUAAUAAAUAUAUAUAUUCGAAUCUGAAUAAAGUUACUAAAAGAUUCUAUAAUCCACGAGAAAAUAUAAAUUGGAUACUAAUUCGAUUUAGGCAUCGAGUAUCACAACUAAGGAAGAAAAAAUUAAAAUACAAAAAUCAUUCAAAAGUUGCUUUAAGAUUUCGUUUAACAAAAUUUGGAUGGGAAAGAUUGCAAUCAGGUAGAAAUGCAAGCAAAAAAAAUUUAUCGGUUAAAAAAUGUAAUGAAAAAAUGAAAAUAAAAUAUGUUUCAAGAGAUGAUAUAAAAAAGUUCAAAUUUCAAAUGCCUAGUUAUGUAUUAAGAAUAAGAGAUUCUCCAGUAGACUAUAAUCCCAAUAUUAUGAAAGCUAGAAAAUUUUUACCAUCACACUUUGGAUAA